ACCGUAUUUCGUCAUUGACCUGCAAGUUCUUCAGCAAACGUCAGAUAUUGAGCUAUCCCUGCUUUUGUUUUGAUUCAUCAGCUUGUUUAUUUGCCUUUUCCUGCAAUCAUGGGGGUAAUUAGAGAUCCAAACGAUUUAUUUUUCACUGGAUAUAUUGAAGAUGAUCUGGGAUUACCAGAAAAUGAUCAAAUAGAGGAUGAUGUUAUGAUCUGUAGUGUGUCGGAUCUUAGAUCCUCCAGUAAGACAAAAUCUCGUAGCUCUCAUAAUAAGAAGAAAGGAUUUGAUGAGAAUCUCUUACUGUCUAAACAUCGUACUGGUGUUAGACGUGCUCGCAGAACAGAAAAUUUACAGUAUUUAGUGAAUAUGGUUGAUAAAGAGGAAUGCGAAUGUGAUAUGGUUAGUCUUAAAGAACCUCAUGUCUCAGCUUUUGCUCAACUCUUUAUGGAUCAUGAAAAGAUGAAGAUCUGGAAUGACUUUGUUAAUGGAAAUGGUGGUAGAAAGAAAAAGGAUCAAAUGGAUAGAGAGAUAGUAGAAGAGGAAGAAUGGGAGGAAAUACCAGAUAAAAGAGUUGUACACCCAGCUUUUACUGCUGAGGAAUCAUUUAGACGAUUACAUAGUAGCUUUAAGAAGCUGUUGAGAAGAAGACAUAUUCCUUUGGGAUUGUUAGAAAAACUUGAAGAUGAAAUUAUUACAUUCUUCCGUGAUUGGCCCAACUCUGUAUUUAUAUCUGAAAUAACUUGUGGUUUUGAACGACUAUUACUACAUCACCUGUGCCAUUUCUUAUGUCUCCAUUCUUCCAGUAAGUACACCAGUCAAACUAAAAUUAUAUUUUUUUACGGCAAACAUUAG